AUGUCGAAUCUGAUGAGCUACGAUUUCGAGGGCGAGGGCGAGUCCGAAGACGAGGAAUUCAAUCCCACCGCCGAAGUAGGCUCCGACGAUGAAGACGCGGGCAAAGCAGCAAAGGGGCCAGCGAGGCGGGAGAGCUCAGCCGAAGCGCCUGAACAGGACGUGAAGGAGGCCCCGGCGGUCGAGGAAGCUGAUCAGCCUGAGCGGGCAGCAACCGACGGCGCUCGAAGUAGGUGGCAGAGCGACGGUCGAGCUGCAGACGACGCGAAGGAUGAAGUGGACGGCGCGGAUGGCGAGGCGGAUGGGCAGGAUGAAGAUGAGGAUGAGGCAGACAAGGGGGAGGGGGAGGAUGAUGAAGAGGACGAAGAUGAUGAUGAUGAGGACGAUGAGGACGAAGAGGAUGCAGUUGCGAACCGCCCGCGCAAGCGAAGAAAGCGAGACGCUCGCCUGCAGUUCAUCGAUGUCGAAGCCGAAGUCGACGAAGAAGAGGACGAGGAACUGGACGAGGACGACGAGCUAGUCGGAGACGAACCACAUCCCGAUGACGCGCUGGAGCUGCCAGCGGGCGCGGAGCGCGACGACCGAAGACAUCGAGAACUCGAUCGGCAGCGCGAGUUGGAGGCGAGUAUGGACGCCGAAAAACAAGCUGCAGCACUCAAAGAGCGAUACGGUCGCAAUCGCGUUUCCGCAACUACUUCUGCCGUGGUGCCGCAACGGCUACUCCUCCCCAGCGUCGAUGAUCCUACAAUCUGGGGCGUCAAGGUCAAGCCGGGCAAAGAGCGGGAAGUUGUGUUCGCCAUUCUGAAGCGCUGGGAGGAUAGGAUCAACACCAGGGAACCCAUACAGAUCUGCUCUGCAUUCGAGCGCGAGAAGGGAAUGUCUGGCUAUGUUUACAUCGAGGCGCGACGGCAGGCAGAUGUCAUGCCCGCCAUCGAAAACAUCCAGCAUUGCUAUGCGAGGACGCCGCCCAUACUCGUGCCAAUUGCCGAGAUGCCAGAUCUUCUCCGGGUGAGGAAGUCGAAGCAGCUACAACGUGGGGACUACGUGCGCAUAACGCGUGGUCACUACGCUGGAGACUUGGCUCUAGUCGAGGACGUUGAGUCGAACGGCAUAGCUGUCACACUCCGUGUAGUACCCCGCCUUGACUACGGAGCUAAUGAGGACGUCAACGCGGAGAAGAACGCAGACACAUCCAAGAGGAAACGACCUGGAGCUGCUACAAAGGGCAAGGUUCGACCGCCGCCGAGGCUCUUCAGUGAGGUCGAAGCCAAGAAAAAGCAUUCUAGAUUCCUUUCGCAGAUCUCCACAUUAAACCGAAAUGAGUGGAAGUACUACCAAGACAACUACUCCGACGGCUUUCUCAUCAAGGAGUUUAAGAUGAAUCAUUUGCAGACUGAGAAUGUCAACCCGACGCUGGAGGAAGCAACCAGGUUCUCGAUAGCGGAAGACGGGGUGGAAAAUCUGGACUUAGCGACACUCGCUGCCACAAUCAACGCGAGCAAGUCCGGAGCUGAGUACCUGCCCGGCGACAUGGUGGAGAUAUACGACGGGGAGCAGCAAGGUGUUUGCGGCAAGGCAGUUUCAGUACACCAGGACAUUGUUUCGUUGAGGGUUACCGAAGGCGACCUGACUGGUCAAGUUAUCGAAGCUCCAGUAAAGUCACUGCGCAAGAAAUUCCGGGAUGGCGAUCACGUCAAGGUUAUCGGCGGCAGCAAGUAUCGCGACGAAGUGGGCAUGGUUAUCCGGGUCCGAGAUGACCGUGUUACGCUCAUCACAGACUCCACAAGUCAAGAAAUUACAGUGUUCAGCAAAGACUUGAGGGAAGCGUCCGACUCGGGCGGUAUGGUCGGCGACUCGAAAUACGAUCUCUACGACCUUGUCCAGCUGGACGCCGCCACCGUUGCCUGCGUUGUAAAAGUUGACAGAGAAUCCCUUCGAGUUCUAACACAAGAUGGCUCAGUCCGGACGCUCCUCCCCUCCAACAUCUCCGCCAAGCUCGAGCGCCGCCGGCACGCUGUAGCUACCGACCGUGAUGGCUCCGAGAUCCGACACGACGAUACCGUAAAGGAGCACGGCGGCGAGCAGAAACAAGGCUACGUCCUUCACAUCCACCGCACCUACCUCUUCGUCCGGAACCGGCAACAAGCCGAGAACGCAGGCGUCUUCGUCGUGCGCAGCGGCAACGUCACCACCGUCGCAGCAAAGGGUGGCCGCGUGAACAACGCCGGGCCCGAUCUCAGCAAAAUGAACCCAGCUAUGCAGCGUAACGGCGGCGCAAACGCAACGCCCGGCCAGAUGGCUCCUCCCAAAACCUUCGGCCGUGACCAGUUCCUCGGCAAGAACGUCACCAUCCGCAAAGGGCCCUACAAGGGCCUCCUCGGCAUCGUCAAGGACGCAACAGACGACAGCGCGCGCGUCGAGCUGCACUCCAAGAACAAGAUAGUCACGGUCAAGAAGGAUAUGCUCACCGUGAGGGAUCAGAACAACAACCCGAUCGUGGUCGGUGGAUUCGGUAGCAGGCGGCCAGGCCAGUUCGGCGCCACGCCUAGCAGAGUGCCGAGUGCGUACGAUGGAGGCAGGACGCCGUUGCCGGGCUCGAAAACGCCGAUGGGCGAUGGUGGCAGGACGCCGAUGUGGAAUAGGAGCAUUGCGGAGAACCCUGCACGCACGCCGAUGUGGGCGAGGAAUACGGGUAGGGAAGGCGGCAUGACGGCUUAUGGCGGCAGUCAGACGGCGUAUGGUGGACAGAGCGGUGGAGCUAGUGUGUGGGGUGGGGCUACUGCGUAUGGUGGUAACGUCUGGUCCGCCAGCGCCAAAACCCCCCUCCACGCCUCCCACGGCACUCCGUCCGACCCCUACGGCUCCAAAACCCCGCUCUACCGCCCCGAGCAAGCCCCCACCCCCGGAGCCCACGGUGACAUGACGCCCCACCACGGCGUCUGGUCCGCCCCGACACCCGGCGGCUACGACGCACCUACGCCAGGAUUCCAUGCGCCGACGCCCGGUGGGCCCGGGAAUCAUCCCACGCCGGGGAGCUAUGGCGGUGGCUAUGGUGCGGGUGGGCAGUAUGCUACUCCGGCUGCGGCGCCGACCCCGGGGGGGUAUCCGGAGACGCCGGGGUAUUAUGGGGCGCCGGAGACGCCGGCGGCGCCGGUUGGGGACGAGGAUCCGCGGUAUGAGUAA